AUGACAGGAACAAAAGAGUCCAAACUUGUGAACCAGGUUUGGGUGGCUUUGGGUAUCGAUCCGAAGACAACUCCCAAUCACUUAACUCUGGGAGAGAUUGGAAUGGAGUCCAUGUUUGCUGUGGAACUGCAACAGGGAUUGGAGAGAGAGUAUGACAUUAAGGUUACCUUAAAUGACAUCAAAAACAUCACAAUCGGAAUGAUGAAGGAUUUCGAAGUCGGAAAAGUCGAUGAAAUGAAGUGCUUUGCCGAAGAGAUUAAGACCUGUCGCACGAAGUUAUGUAAAGUGAAGUUCAUUAUACCUACGGAUGCCUAUCAACGACUUAAUAAUGUGACGACUGGAAGACCCCUUUAUUUCUUGCCUCCACUCGAAGGCAUCUUCGCAUCACUGGAAGCGUUGGCCGAAAAGAUAGAACGACCCGUCAUUGGUCUCAAUUGGCUCAAAGAUAUGGAGAAAUUGGGAUCUCUUAAGGAGAUCAGCAAAUAUUACACAAAUCUCAUGAAAAUUCUUGAACCUCAAGGAGAUUAUGACAUAUUUGGCCACUUUUAUGGUGCACUCAUUUGUAUGAAAAUGUUGAAGAAAGCGCCGGUGGGAAGGGCUGUCAUAAUAGACAUGUUGUCUGAGAUAAAUCUGGACGAAGAGAUGUUAUCCGACGACUAUUUGGUCGAAAUGAUUAUAUCUUUCAUAGGUAAGGACUUGCCGUCUGUUAUGAAGGCUAAGAUCCGACGCGAUAUCUCAACCAAACCCGAUGUUAAGUCGAAACUCGAAAAGCUUACGACAGAGUUAAAGGAGUUUUGUGGAAAAAGUCUCGUGAGUCGAGACUUGGAUGAGAUUCUCAUGAGUUCCUUCAAAAGGGCCAAACUUUUCACUACAUAUCGCCUGAAUAUGAAGACUAAAUUCAAGAAAAUGAAAUACAAUAUCGCAGAGAAAUACAUGAAAAUGAAUGGAAAGAUAUUAAUCAUAAAACCCUAUGAAUUCGGUGAAGACCCUAACGCCGAUGAGAUCACCGAUAAGAUAAAGAACGCCUAUUUCCUACCCGAACAGGGUUUGGAAGGAAAGCUAAACUUCGAGACAAUUGACGCGACCGGAGAGGAAAUGGAGGCCCAGAAGACUAUUGAGAAGAUGGCCUCUUCUAUCAAUCAGUAUUUGUCCAAAAAAUAAAGUGUAAUCCAUAUGAGAGCCAUUAUUAUUGCUAUUAUUCUACCAGUAUACUGCACUUGUAAACAUUAUUUUAUACAUUAUUUUAUACAUUAUUUUAUACAUUAUUUUAUACAUAUAUUAUA